CGUACCGUGUAUGAUCAUCCUGUCGACCAGGGGCUAUUAAUUCCAGGCACAGGACACACGGUUUAAAGCUGUUUUUAAGUACCUGCAUAGAUUCUUCUUAAGGUGCCAAAAUUAGAGUCGACACUUUCAGAAAUAAAUGUAUGCUUAUUUAUAUAGCAUAUUUUAAUUCCGGUCCUUAUUUAGUAUGUUCGAUUAUAAGAUGUGAAUUUCAACUAAACUUUUCCGAUUCUCAUUUUCAUCUAUCAAUAAUAACAGAUAAAAUACAAGAGACAAAAAAAAAGAUGUUGGGACGUUGUUUAUUAUUAAUAUCUUUAGCUUUGCACUUAGGUGCCAUCAGAAGCGUUAAAGCACUACCGUUUUUCACUACCCUUUUUACCGCCCCAACAUUGAAGUCAUUUAGUCAUGAAGAAAAGGCACUUAAGGUCGCCUAUUGGGAGAUAGACGGUGCGAUAUCGGCUUUUGAUACUGCCCUGAGCUUCCUACCUGGAUGGACUGAUGUAGGCAGAGAGCCACUCCUCCCAGUACAGAGACUUAAGAAAUACUUGCGCUCGUAUGUUGGGGUGAUCAUCGAUGAGCGCCUGGCAGAUGAUCGUAUCUUGCAUCUUCCACAUCCUGCGUCGGAAGAGUGCUUUAGCCUUAUAAAAGAGAUCACCGCGGAGAUGAAGUAUAUGUUCGCGAACGGUAGGCCCUCAGAUGGGCGGCGUUUGGACCUAUAUAUCACACCUCACGACUUCAAAUUUUAUGGAAAGAAAGAAUUGAACCCAAUAUUUUUACCAGAUCAACACGUACUGGUUGAAGCGUACUGGCGUGACGGGUAAUGAACUUCAGUCCCCGCCCGAACUAAUAUGGUAGAUUACUAACUCACCUGGUAUAUUA